CCGCCCCGCCCGCCCCGGCCGGAGCCGCGCCGCCGCCUCGACCCCCGCGGCCGGUCGGUCAAGAUGGCGCUGGCGGCUGCGAGACGCGUCCCCGUGAGCUCCCUGCUCCGCGCCGGGGCCGGGCUCGGGCGCACGGCGGCCGGCGGCGUGGUCGGCGCGCGGAGCUUCGCGAACCACCGGGUGCUGGUGGAGCCGGGCGCGGCCUCAGGGGUCGCUGUAAUGAAGUUCAAAAACCCCCCAGUGAACAGCCUGAGCCUGGAGCUCCUCACAGAGCUUGUCAUCAGCCUGGAGAAGCUGGAGAACGACAAGUCCUUCCGUGGUGUCAUCCUGACUUCAGACCGCCCCGGCAUCUUCUCAGCUGGCCUGGACCUGAGGGAGAUGUGUGGCCGGAACCCAGCCCACUAUGCUGAGUACUGGAGAGCGGUGCAGGAGCUGUGGCUAAGGCUCUAUCUAUCCAACAUGGUGCUGAUCUCAGCCAUCAAUGGUGCCUCCCCUGCCGGAGGCUGCCUGAUGGCUCUCUGCUCAGACUACCGAGUCCUGGCUGACAACCCCAAGUACAACAUAGGACUGAAUGAGACCCUGUUGGGCAUCGUCGCCCCCUUCUGGUUCAAAGACACCUUAGUGAACACCAUCGGGCACCGAGAGGCAGAGCGCGCCCUGCAACUGGGGCUGCUCUUCUCCCCUGAGGACGCCCUGCAGGUGGGCAUGGUGGACCAGGUGGUGCCUGAGGACCAGGUGCAGAGCAAAGCACUCUCCGUGAUGACCCAGUGGCUGGCCAUUCCAGAACAUGCUCGACAGCUGACCAAGAACAUGAUGCGAAAAGCCACAGCAGAUCUCCUGAUCAAACAGCGUGAGGCCGACAUCCAGAACUUUGUCAGCUUCAUCUCCAAAGACUCCAUCCAGAAGUCUCUACACAUAUACUUAGAAAAGCUCAAGCAAAAGAAAGGCUAAGGGUUAGUCACCAUGUAGGUUUUCAAGCCAGCCACACGCGCCCUCUGGGGGCUGCCCAAGGUCCCAAGGGGAGUUUAAGCAAGGUAUUUUUCAACUUACAGAGCCCUCUCACUUUGUUUCCUGACUGUUUUAGAUGGAAGGCCCCACCACCUUCCCACCUGGUGGGGCAAUGUUUGGAUUUUGGAAAUGAGUGGCAGGAGGGCACUGUAUAUGGUCCCAAAGCAGAAUUGUAAAUAAAGCCCUUUGACCUAUCCUA